AUGCCCGGAACAGUCACAACUCCUGUCGAGCAGUUCAACAGUAUGAACUUGAAAGAACAAUACACACCUAUACCCACACCAGCGCCACUGCCGCCGCCAGCAUACCCGACUGUACCUACGAUCAUGGCCAUCGCAUCUGCAUUAUACGCGUAUAAGCCAACCGAUGCUGGGGAUUUAGCUUUGCAACAGAAUGACAGGAUCCAGGUGAUCGAGCAUAUGAACAACGACUGGUGGAGGGGCAGGAACGAAAGGACAGGCCUUGAGGGUAUUUUCCCUCGCAGUUACGUCUCGGUCCUUGAAGAGACGAGGCCGCCUAUGCCAACACCAAUGCACUCGACAGAUUACGGUAAUAUGCCACUAGCCGUUGCCAAUGGCCCAAUCGAUCCAAAUACCGGUCUACGAAAACCUAGCAAAUUAGAAGAGCACGGAAAGAAAUUCGGUAAAAAGAUGGGUAAUGCUGCGAUCUUCGGUGCUGGCGCCACAAUCGGCAGCAACAUUGUGAACGGCAUCUUCUAA